AUGGCAUUGUCUGUGGACGACAAGCGACCAGCCGUGGUCGAUGCUCAGAGGCUCUCCACAUCUUGGGAGAACCGCGACCCAACACCAGAUCCGCCUUCUAUCGAGCCACCAAGCGCUACAAAAACUGACCAAUCGAAUUUCUGGCACUUGAAGAGUCCUCCAGCCCCUGCUUAUACUUUUCCAAAUCGGCCGAAACAUGAGAGGACAGAAAGCACAGAGAGCACAGAAAGCCAAUCCACUCAAGCCUCAAGCAGUACCGAAGUAGACGAGAAGUUCGAGGGCCAAGGCAAAUUAGACAAAGCAUCAGCGACGACAUCAGUAACUCAGAUUGAAGGCAACAACGACCCAGGCCUACCAGAACCGCCCUAUCAUGUUUUCACCAAAAAGGAAAAAUGGCUGGUCACGAGCAUCAUCGCAGUCGCGGGUCUCUUCUCUCCUCUCUCCAGCAACAUCUACUUUCCGGCUUUGGGGGCCAUUGCCAAUGUUAGUCACCCGUAUGAGCAGAAGGGUCCCAAAGGAGUGCAAGCGUUUGCCCCCUCGUUCUGGGGUCCCCUAAGCGACACGUGCGGACGCCGUGUCACUUUCAUCGGGACAUUUGUUGUUUUCCUCAUUGCAAACAUUGCAUUGGCUUUCAGCAAGAAUUUUGCCAUGUUGAUGGUAUUUCGAGCUAUUCAGGCAUUUGGUAGUGCUGCCACUAUUUCUGUCGGAGGAGGUGUCCUUGGCGAUAUUACGACAGCAAAGGAGCGUGGCGGCUAUAUGGCAGGGUUUAGCGCAGUCCGCAUGUUUGGUCUGUCCAUGGGCCCAGUCAUCGGAGGCAUCAUUACUGAGUAUCUCGGCUUCCACGCAAUCUUCUGGUUUCUCUUUGUUCUUGGUAGCAUUACGCUGGGCGCGAUCUUGCUUUUCCUCCCAGAGACCCUCCGCCGAGUAGCCGGGAACGGUACCGUCCCACUCAAGGGCAUUCACCGUCCUUUCUUCGACCGUCAGCUCCGGCAGCGCUACUGGAUAGAAAGAGACGCCACUCAGGAACAAGACGACAUCACCGCUCCCCCACCCAAGCUGACCUGGUCUACUCUCUUCGCCUCCUUCCGCUUCAUGGCCGAAAAGGACGUCAUCGUCACCCUCUUCUUCGGCGCCAUCGUCUACACAGUCUGGAGCAUGGUGACAUCCUCCACCACCGCCCUAUUUCAGCCGCGCUUCGGCCUCGGUGACCUGCAAACCGGUCUGAUCUUCAUCCCCAACGGCAUCGGCUGCAUCUGCGGCUCCUUGCUCUCAGGCAAGAUCAUGAACCGCGAUUAUAAGAUUGUCGAGACCAGUUACCGCGCCUCCCACCACCUCUCGAGCUCCGUCGAGAUCAACCGCAAGAAGCUGGCCGACUUCCCCAUCUCGCGCGCCCGUCUGCGUUCGUCGCUGUACUUUGUCAUCCCUUUUAUCAUUUGCGUCGCGGGAUACGGAUUUGCCAUCACCAGCUCCCGCCUCGGCACUGAAAAGAAGGCAAUGGCCCUGCCCCUGGUCUUGCAGUUCUUCAUCGCCUUCACCCAGAUGGGCUUGUUCAAUUUGAACAGCACCCUUAUGGUGGACCUCUACCCAGGAGCGAGCGCGAGCGCGUCGGCGGUCAAUAACCUUGUGAGGUGUCUGAUUGGCGCUGUUGGCGUCGCGCUGGUACAGUUCAUCAUUGACGCGAUUGGCGCGGGAUUGACGUUCCUUCUUCUUGCUAUUGUCACUGCAGCUUUUACGCCAUUGCUUUGGCUGGAGUGGAGGUUUGGGGAGCGCUGGCGAAGAGAGCGGGUGGAAAGGCUAGAAAGGGAGAAGGCGGAGAAGAGAGCGGCUGAGGGUGGGGAGACUGGUCAGGCCUAG